UAGUGAUUUCAUUAAAUAAUAAAUUAAAAAAAGUAUUAUCAUAAGUGUUACCUUGAAGUGUGAAGUGGUCAAUUGGUCCAUUGAUGUCAUCUCUAAAGUAGACUGUUAGACCGUGGGGUUUGGUGGGGCGUGGGUUGGGGGCAUGGUGCGACACGUGGACUAUGGGGCACCCAAGAUCAAAAGCCAAUUUCAAAGGGGUAUGGUGGGGCGUGGGUGGGGGCAUGGUGCGACACGUGGACUAUGGGGCACCCAAAACCAAAAGUCAAUUUCAAAGGGGUAUGGUGGGGCGUGGGUUGGGCGGCGUGAAAAAAAAAGUCAAUUUCAAAGGGCUAAUGCUCUUGCCAGUGAGGUUCCGCCAUGUCAUGUGGGUAGCCCUGCCCAAUGCCCGGGCUGAAACCCCCGCCCAAACCCAUGCCCACCCGGGGUGGUUACGUGGGCGUUUGUACCAAACCCAACCCCCGCCCCAACCCCCGCCCCAUACCCCAUAGUCUUAGACAAGUCUUUAAGCAUAAAGUCUUUACAACUCUUUUCCUUAACCUUGAAUAACUGUUUUUAAAACGAACUGAUCUACCCUUGAAAAAUCAUCAAAGAUCAAACCCCUUUCUUUCAGUUUAUCAGUGCCACACACUCAAAAUUUAUACUUUAGUGCAUUAUUUGAAAGUUGAAAGCCAAUAUACCAAAUGUCACGAGCUAGAAAAAUACACAUAGUCAAGUUACUACUUAGUGGCCAUAAAAAAGCCUUAUAUAUCAUAAUUAUUGGGCAGAAACAGUACCACAUAGAAAAACAGCUGCAGACAUAUUUAAGAUGAGAGAGCUUAUUCCCAUAACAAAAGUUUCUGAUAUGUUAAUUAUAUUCUGUAGCCCAUUGUGCCAGGUUUGAUAGCGCAACAGAAUCCCAUAGUUACUAGUUAGAUUGUUAAAGUGUUAAGCCAUGGUUUAAAAAACGGCCGAGGCAUCCGUACUGAGGCGCGCCUCGAGGCGGAACAGAGGAAAAACAUAUAUGAGGCGGCGCCUCAGGGUCAGAUACUAUACGUACGCCUCAGUGGGGUGAGCGCACGAUUCGUGUCGAGGCGGAACUAUUUUUAGUCUACAUGUAGGCGGUAAACUUAUUGGCGGCAAUAAUAAACUAGCGCGACUUUUUGUUGUUUCUUAAAUAGCUUUAUAGGGUUAAUCUUGAAAUCGUGAUCCCAAAUACACAAAAACCCAUCUGCAAUCUUGAAAUCGUGAUCCCAUCUUCAAUCUUGAAAUCGUGAUUCUUCUUCAAUCUUCAACACAGAAAUCAAGUUAAAAAAUGUCGGAAAAGAAAAAGAGGGGAGUUUCUAAAUGCAAAAAGAAGCUUUCAAAUCCGGAUCAAUCUAAAGUUGAUUUCAAUGAGAAGGGUAUAGCGAUCGGUAAGAAUGCAGGGAACUUUAUGUCUUGGAUUGGUGUCGAAUGUAAACGAAAGAUCCCGUACGAUAAACGUGCCAGAAAAGUAAACCCUAAAAAAUACGAAGAUAUUUGGGAAUACGCUAAGCAAAUUUGGGAUAUUCCUAACGACCUCGGGAAAAAAAAAACUUUAGAAAAGGGGAAGAAGAUAAUGAGGCAGUUUCGUUACGAACUUAGAAAAAAAUAUAUUUAUAAAGAAGAAUCUUCCAAUAAAGAGAAAGGCGAAACUCCCUUUGAAGAUUACGAUUAUCUAGACGGGGAACCAUGGAAGUCUUUCGUUGCAAGUGUUGAUACCGAAGAGUGGAAGAAAAUAAGUGAAAAAGCAAAGAAGAGCGUAAAAGAAAACAUUAACCCCGCGUGUGUAGGGAGAUGUGGUUUUGUUGGACUGGAGCCCCACAUUGAAAGUAGAUGGAAUCAACUUGUUUCAAGCUAUCCACAUUUAGAUGCUAUUGAACAUCCUAGCUCUAUAAGGAAUACAGUAAGUAAAGCACGUCUUAAUCCGGUCACAAAGCUAUAUGAACUUAGAGAAAACCUUAUAUCAAAUGGUGAUUUGACAGGAUUACUUGAAUUAUUGGAUAAAAAAGAAAAACAAAAACAACCGAAGGAUGAUGGAUCUUAUUCCACAAAGAAAAACAAGAGCGAGGCUGUAGAGACAACGCCUGGGGAGAUCCUUGGUAGUCCUGGCAUGGGCCUUGCAGCCGGUAGUUCGUCAGAAAUCUUGUCUAUUAAAAAAUGUGAACUUCUGCAUCUUGACGACCAAGGUGCUCUUAAGGUUGUAGCAAUUGGCCGUGUUCAUCCUACAGAUGAUAGGGUUGUACAUGGAUGCCCAAUAAUAGAUGGUUUCGUCAAAGUUCAAAUAGAUAGAGUUGUAGAAGGUUGCGGAUCAACUCGUCUUUUGCCAGAGUCAUGUAUUUAUGGGGAAAUAGAACUUUUGAAAGAUGCGAAAGGAAGUUUUAUUCAAUGGCCCGUUAAAUUAAUAAAGAUUUUGAACAAAGACUCUUCUCAAACUGUAGAACCAUGUCACCAUUUUAUGAGUACACCUUAUAGGCCACAGUUUGAGGCAACUCCUGCUGACCAACAACAAGCGAUUCCAAAUGAAAGAAACGAGUAUCAAAUAUACUCUUAUGCACUACAAGAUGAUGAGACUUUUAAUCAAUUGUUUUCUGAGAAUACAACAGCCGAGCAUGUUUCUUUUCGUAAACCUACUGAGCCUGUCCAUGCUUAUCAACAUACCAAGCCCGUUAUUGCUAAUCAACCUACGAAGAUCGUUCAUGGUAAUCAAUCUACCGAGCCCAUUCGUGAUUGUCAGCAUACUAAACCGAUUGUUGCUGCUUCUAAACCUUCAAUAGAAAAAAUAAAAGUAUCAAAAGAAAAAAUAAAAGUAUUAGAACUUUUAGAAAUGGCGAGAUCCAGGCCUCAAAACAUAUAUAGAUUAGCACAAAAAGUGGCACUUCAUUCUGAAAAAGCCUUGUUUACGGUUUUUACUUCGCCAACUGGGAUGUAUGAGGAACGUGUUCAAGAGACGGUUGAAUUUGAGGCGGUUAUACAGUUAUGUGUCAACGGUUGGGCGGAUGUUUGCUUUGUGCAUUGGUUCACAAUGUAUUUAUAUGCAGCUGGGGAACGGGAGGGUUUAAAUAAUACUGCAUAUUUUCAUCCCCGUUAUAUUGAAGGUGAACUUGUCUCAGAUGAUGGUGACUUUGUGAUUGACCAUAUCAAAAAGGUCAUCUCCUUUCAUAAGGACAAACAAUGGUUUAUUGCACCGUACAUAGCCGGGAAACACUGGGUACUAAUUAUACUUCAACAUCACCCGGUAUAUAAAACUUGGAAGGGUUACAUAUUUGAUUCACGUAAAGGUAAAGAUGAUGAUGAUUUGUCAUGUUACGAGAUUACAACAUUAUUCGAACAGGCCAUAGAAGAAAAUAUGACGUGGGCUAAGGUUAAAUGUCGUCUACAACCUAAUGGAUGGGAGUGCGGUUAUUGUGUUAUGUUGGCUAUGUAUGAUUUUGUGAUUCGUAACAGAGAACAUAUGCUGGCAAAUAAAACUAAAAUGGUUCGUCAAGGUGAAAUUGAUGAAUUUGUAGAGCGUACUUUAAAGGUGUUUAUAUCAUCUUUUGGUGAUGUUGAGGAUGAGAAGGAUCAAUGAAGUGGCAAAGGAAUUCUGGUUAGCUGGUCUUACUUAGAGCUUGUGGUGGAUGAAGGAAGUUGCACAAAGUCAAAGGUUUUUGAAGUGUUUUUUACAUAGGUGUAAAACUGAAUGAUUCGAUGUCUUUUUUAUGUUUUUUCUUUGUUAAAUUGAAUGCUUUAGACUAAUGGGUCAAGAUGGAUUCUUUAGCUAUUUAUAAAACGGUUCAUUGUUUGGUA